CCCCAAUGAAUCUUUAGGUGUAGGUAGUAGAGCGCCGCGUGACCGAUCCAUUUCGUUCUCCUCCCUUCCCUUUCCCUAGUCCCCCCAGGCAGCGGAGGGAUGCCGCGUCCCCCUCCCGCGGGCAGCCUGGUGAAGAGCCUCUGUGUGUCCGUUACCUCUGGGCUCGGGGAGCACCUGGGGAGCCGAUGGAAGUAUUUGGACGUUAUCCUCAAGAUACCAGCUCAAAUCCCAAAUAUUUCUGAAAAUCAUCCACAGUUUGUUCUACGGGGUACUAGUGCUGAAGUCCAUACUCUACAUUUUUAUUGUGGAGGCCAAGAACCCGAUUACCCCAUUCUCUUCUCUGGGUCUUCCAAUGGGCUGAUCCAUGUCUGGAACCUGAAGACACGCAGGGUGGAUACAAUUCUAGAUGGCCAUGGAGGAAAAUCUGUGCACUGGGUGGAAGCAAUCUAUGGCAGAGACAGGCUCCUCAGCCAGGGUCGUAACCAAAAGAUCUGCCUCUGGGAUUUGGCAGAAGGAAGGAACACGGUGACCGAUUCUGUUUUGACUGAGAACGUGGGAUUCUGCAAAUGUUCACUGCUGAAGGUGGCACAGGGACGCUGGCUAAUGGCCAUGCCAGGAAAAGACCUAGAUGAGGUUCAGGUUUUGGAGCUGCCAUCCAAGACGUCAGUCUGUACCUUGAAGCCAGAGGCGGAUGCCAAACCAGGCAUGGCCAUGUGUCUGAAGCUAUGGCAGCCUGACUUUGGUUCAUGUCCUUUUCUUCUGGCUGGCUACGAGGAUGGAUCAGUGAUUCUGUGGAAUUUAUCAGGGGGGAAAAUAUUUAGCCGACUUGCUUGCCACCAGGAGCCAGUGAUGAGCCUUGACUUUGACUCUGAAAAGACGAAGGGGGUCUCGGGCUCAUCUGAGGAGGUGCUUACCGUCUGGAGCCUCGAUGAACAGCAGAACUUAAAGGUUCAGAAAACACACAAACUCAUCAAUGCUGGGAUUGCUGAUGUUGCCAUCCGCCAGGACAAGAAGAUCCUGGCAACAGCAGGGUGGGAUCAUCGUAUCAGGAUCUUUGGCUGGAAGAAACUGAAGCCCUUGGCAAUACUGGACUACCAUACAGCUACUGUCCACUGUGUAUCCUUCUCAGAUCACAGUAGGCCAAGUGAAAGACUGCUGGCAGCUGGCUCCAGAGACCACCGCAUUAGUAUCUGGUCAAUCUAUAAUCAAACCUCAGGUGCUCUGCACUGUCCUUUGGAAACUAGAAAGCCGGCCUGAUAAAUCAGAAAUUGUUGUGUGAUUAAAAUCUGGGGAUGGGGAAGUAUUAAACCAUCUGCAGUUUGAGUGCAAGUCCCCAGAAGGACCUGUUCACGACAGAAAAUGUUUUGUUGUAGAAGGGAAAGCCAGUGCUAGGAAGGGAAGAACGGAUAAUCAUGCAUUUAAGGCAAAGGCCUAGCACAGUGGGAGUCUGUUGCGUCCUCUCUCACAUGCUUCUUUUGGCAAAUUGUUUUGAUUCUUUGUGCCAGUUUCCUCAUCUGUAAAAUGGAGAUAGGUGCUGUCACUCAGGCGUGGUGUGGUCUAGAGUACACUGGUUUCCAAAUCAUAUUGAGAUCCUUAAUGUACGUAAGUGCAAAGAAUCAGUUUUAUGUGAACUUGAACCCAUUAAACCAUCCAUAGAACUUUCUCAUGUCAGUUACUUUUUCUUCCCCAUAACUGAAAAGCUAUCAGACCAACCUUGAUUUGUUCACACUUCUGUCAGUUUCUAGCUUAAGCCAACAGCCAAGAAUGUGACUAGGGAUGGCCUUUGGCAUUUAUGAAUUUCAUUAUGUCCCCUGUCACCUCAAGCCUUGCAAUUAAUCAUAGAAAGAAAAAGGAAUCUUUCCAUGCACUGCAUUUUAAAGCUAUGUAAAGCCUUUUUCAGAGCCAGUGCUAAAUCCUUUCCAUAGACUGACUAGCAGAAGGAUUUAAACUGAGCAAUCCAAUUAGCGCCCUUCUCCUUGGAGAUUUGGGGGGUAAAUUUCCAGUAUGGUGAGGCAGGGAUUUGGCUACACAUCUCCCAUUAACAUUAAUGGGAAUAGCAUGGAUAAAACCUUCUGUACUAUCCUGAAAAUAUACCCUUUAGUUUGUCAUCUCCAUGGUCGUGGAAGCUGAAAUCCAUUCCAAAAGUUGAUUGUUUUUGCUUGAGGCAAGGCACAGUGCUAGCAUUCUCCUUUUCAAAUAUAUUUGAGCAGUAACAGUCUGUUCGCAGGCCAGGAGAUCUCACCACUUAAUUAAGGUUUGCCAGUAAGGUGCACUUAUAUCUACACCGUAAAAGCAAUUAACAGUGUGACUUUAAAUACAGAGUAAUUUAGAAAUGCUAGGGGGUUCUUGGCAUCAGAAAUAUUUAGCAUCAGAAAAAAAGUCUGUUCUGCAAAGGGGGAUUUUGGGGAUACCAGUGCUGUUCUGUGGAUGUUUUUUUGAAAAUGUUUGUCCCUACCAAUUUAUGGGGCUGGACAUCAAAGGGGAACUGGUCAGAAAUGAAUUGGACAGCAGCAUCAAAAGACGUCAGAACUACAUUUCAAAAACCAAACUCGUGUAAUGCUGAUGCCAAAGCUAAACAUCAAACCAGGGCCUGCUGUACACCUGUACCAUACAUGCAGGGAUGAUCUUGUUGAAAAAGUGCUUUCUAACUCUGUACAGGAAAUGUUCCUCAAGUGCCAAGCCCCAGUGUUCUUUCAUUACAGAACAUAAAACAUACUGCAACAAGGCUUUUACUAAUAAAACUCUGCAAUGUUUAAAGCGGUGUCACACA